CUCCACAUUCUUCUUUAAAUUGCCCCAACCAUGGAAAUGGAAACCCAAGCUUCUCCCGUUCCGAGUUUUUUCUUACCACCAUGGACGUGAACAACAUCGAGUCCGUUUACGAAUACCAAGGGAUUGACGAAGACGAUGUUCUCUUCGAUGAGAUUCGAAGACAGAUUCUAGUUUUGACAGCAGACGACGAGGAUCAUCAAGAAACCGAUGUUAUCGAUUCCGUGAGCUCUGUCGCUAACAAGCCGGGGACAAGAAGAGCGCUUGGGAAUCUAUCUUCUUUACAACAUGGAAGGUAUUUCAAUUGGCCGGAUACCGAGAAUACAGACUCGGUACCGACUUGGCUUGUGAAUCUAUGGAGAACCGGCAAUGGAACCGGAGUUUUCAUUCCCCACAUCAACAAAUCCACAAGACGCCACAGGCCAGGAAGGGUGAAUCGGAGAAGAGUUUACAGGCCAGUCGAGACCAAACAAUCGUGAACAAGCAAGAAUUUAACAUGUUGCUUCAAAUAUUUUAUUUCUUAGGAAUGCUGUAAAUAACUAUCAUUGAUUACAUUAGAUCAUGUAAUGUUCGACGUUUUCAAUUCUGAUAGAAAGAUUACAUGAUUUGUAAUACAAGGAACAACGAACAUGUUUCGC